AUGAUAGUUGCUGUGCUAGUUCCUGUCUUGGCUUCAACCGUCACAGCUACUUUAUUCCAGCCGUAUUACCUCUUUGCAUGGCAGCCAUCGGACCUUGGCCAUAUUUGUCGGCUAAGAUAUAAAGCAGAUGGGACCGUCAUUGCAGCAUCAGUUCAUCAGCUCUGCAGCAGCGAACAGCAAUCUUAUAGCAAUGGUCUCCAUCAAAGUCAUUCAGAAGAAACAAUGUUCAGUAAACUCCAUUUCAUUCCAGUUCUUUUUCGCCUUGUUAAUCGCCUACGCCGUGGCCAUGCCUGCUACUCAAGAGGUCAUCAGGCAGAAGAAGCAGGUCCUACUCGCCGAUCCCUACGUCUACUCCCCGUGGGUCUCCCCAGUCGCCUACUAUGA